AUGCACAGUGAUUAUCACCGCCAUAUCGAUCUAUUAUUGUAUAAUUUGGGCAUAGAUGAUGUACAGACUACUAGAAUAGAAAAAAGUCAUAGAAGUGAGAUAAUUAGGAUUCAGUUAAAUAAUUCUAAUGUAAAUCAGUAUUAUAGUAGCAUUAAAGUUGGACCUCUGGGACAGAAGUUUAAGAUCAUCUUUGAUACAGGAAGUGAUUUUUUAUGGAUACCAUCUAAAGAGUGUACAAGCGAUGCUUGUUUAAAUCAUGAAAGAUUUGACAGUAGUAAUUCUUCUACAUUCACCUCUAAAAAAGAACAUAUAAUUAUCAGAUACAAUAGUGGAAGUGUAAUAGUUGAGAUGGGACAAGAUAAAUUGAUGAUUGAUGAAUUUAACUUUGGAAUUCAAGACUUAGGGAUAGCCAAGGAUAUUCCCUGGGAUCCCUUCGGAUCCCUUUAUAUAGAUGGAAUAUUUGGAUUAGGUGCCGUAAGAAUAAAUAAAAUAUUCGAAAAUUUGGAAAUACCUAAAAUAAUCUCAAUAUAUCUCCCAAGAAGUGCUUAUGACCCUGGCUAUUUACUAUUAGGUGGAUAUGAUAGUAGUUUUAUUCAAAAUGGUGAGGGUAUAAAUUGGUUCCCACUAAUUAAAAGUGAUUCAUGGGAGAUAAGUCUAAAAAGUGUUUUUUUUAGUGGUAUUGCCUUAAAUGGAAAUAGUUCAAUGAACUUUAGGGCUAUUGUAGAUAGUGGAACAUCAGAAAUUUUAGCCCCUGAGGAACAAAUGGAGUACUUGAAAAAUUUGUCAAAAGUAUUGAUAGGAAAUAAAAGGCACAUAUUAAGAAAGAAAGUAACAUUCGUGUUUUUAGACAAGAAAAAUAAAGAGACAUAUUUCGAUAUUGACUUGGAUGCACUCAAUUUUACAGGCUACUCUGGAAAAUCAAAUAUUUGGAUUCUUGGAAAUUCAUUUAUAAGAGAGUACUAUAGUAUAUACGAUUAUGAAAAUCAACGUGUAGGAUUGGUUUCAUCAAUCCAAAAAAAGCAUAGAGAAAUAAAUAAGGCUUCCUUAAGAAGUAGAAACUUAGAUAUGAGAGAUACUUCUAAGUAG